AUGCAUGCCGAGGCACUGAUUCACUACGAAAAAGCUUUUAACCUCGAUUCGAGCCUUGUAAUUGUUGAAAUCAAAAUAAACGAGUCGAAGAAAAUGAUCUUUGACAGAGGUCUGUUCAGAUUAUAUAACGAUAAAACACGAAACGCCGCAUACGGAUCCGCCAUGUACAUGGAGAUAAAACCUCAAUACGACCGAAUAUUAGACAUGGACGGUGGCAUUGUUAUACCGGCGCUGAUAGCCCUCGGGUGCAAGGCGCACUCCACUGUGAGCUUUAACUCAUCGCCUGCCCUCACCCAGCUCGUGCAAGGCAUUGUGCUAGAGCGACAAGACAACUCGAUCACUCUCGUAGAUCAUCCUGUAAGGAAUUUUGUUCCGUCCGGUAUUAUAGAUAAGCGUACAUUCGUAAUAAUUAAUAAUUUUGACGAGGGUCUUUUACGACACGGUAUGCUUGAAAACCUUAAGAGUGCUUGGGAACGUUUGCUAGCUCGGGAUACGCGGGCGCUGCCGUAUAAGGGAGAAUAUUAUGUUGCAGGAGCGAACUGCAAACGUAUUACUUAUAAAUAUCGACUGCAUGAAAUAGCGAAGAAAAGUUUGAAAAUUCCCAACUCAAAAGUGCUCUGUAUGUUACCUGAACAAAAAACAUUCUACAAAGAAGAUUUGGAUAUGUACGACGAUAUUAAAAUCAUGGCGGAUGAACAAUUAGUUUUCGAUAUAAAUUUUGAUCGAUAUGGCUAUGUGGUAAUUAAAAAAUCGUAA